CAGGGAUUGUCAGCGAAUGAGAGGGCAGUUGAUUGCCGGCCUCCACUGAAAAUGCCAUCCAUCCCUUACAACGGCCGCUAAUUCUUCCCAUUGUAGUUCUCGCCGUCGCCGUCGUCAACCCCCUUCACACACGAUCACGCGCGUUCACGCCGACGGACAUGCUUCACAUGGCGCUCUAGACAGACAACAUUCUCCUUUUACGCGCUCUACCGACGACCAUGCGAUUGGCCUAGACGAGCUGCUUCGACGACGACUACCCCCUCGACAUCACCAUUGCGAUCGCGGGUGGACAAUUGGUCUUGGACAAAUUGGUCUUCAACCCCCGCCAGUUCCCCAUACCGCCAUCCCCUACCGCGCCACCGAACCGCCUCUCGAAGCGGGCCAUAUAAACCAUAUCUAGCGGGCCGUCGCAUACGGCAACUCACAUAGAACUGUUCCUUCCCUCCCGGCUUGUGUCUCACUCAACGGCAAGAUGCAUCAAGGAGCACCGACAACGACAGCGACAAUGGCCUACCCCUCCCUUCCCGCCUCCCCGACUCUUACGAACCCGGACAUGAUCCUGCCCUACGGCGACUACGACUCCACCCCCUCUCCCCCGCGUUCGGCCGCGUGGAAGGGCCGACCCCAAGAUAUGGACUUUGCGCAGUCCCUGGCAUAUGGAGACAAUACCAUGGUCGCUGUGCCUAUGACACCUAUCACACCAAUCAUAUAUGGGAACGGCACAAUGUUAUCUGAUAUCGGUGAGGUGACGGAGGCGGAGAGCACACCUGGGGUUGGUGUGCGACGCAUGCGGGACCGGCUCGCAAGGGGGGAUGAUUCACCAGUGAAAUCGUCGCCGACGAUGGGAUACCAGAGUACGGUGAAGCGGUCGAAAGUGCCAGCUCACCAGCGGAGCGCUAGUAUGGAGAGCACGAGUACCGUGACGACUGAGGCUCCUGUGGGUGAGCCGUUUGGGGAUUUCGAUGAUACUGUGAGCGUGGAUGAGAGUGCAUUCCAGGGCGAUGAUGAGGAGAGUGUUGUGGGCGAAGCCUACGGACAGGCAAUGUUGGCCGAGGUUAAGACUAUGUACAGAAAGGAUGCGAGGGCCGUAGAGGCGAGGAGGGAGAAGGAGGAUGAGGAAUUGAGCAGUGCGGCGCUGAGCAAGAGGGCAGAGAUGAUCUUGUCAAACGCCAAAAAACGGCUUGAUAACAUGGAGGGGAAUCUCAGCCGUGCACGAAGCUCCCUAUAUAUCAGCCCCUCAUCCUCGAUGUCUUCAAUACAUAGCAGCAGCCCCUUGUCAAGAUCGACACCCUCGCCUCCCGAGCCGCGCAUAAUCUCUCAGAUGGGCUUGCCUCCCGCCAGGCACCGACAACUGAAUCACUCCAACCUGGGCCCCAACAGCCCGUCUCACGCAAGAGUCGGUAGCGAGAAUUCGCUUCCUCUAUCACCCCCUAAUAAUAAUAAUAUUCAACAUACGACCGUCAUCUUAAGGCCGGCCCUCGUCUCAAGGCAAUCCCUGCCACUAAUCGCGUCACCACAGUCGGAAGGACCGCAACGGCGGGAUUCAUAUAGAUCCCAGAUUGCUGCUCAAGAGAGUCGUCGGUCAUCUUUAAACGAACACUCGGAUCCGGCAUCUGGGAUAGUUAUCAUGGAAACGGGGAGCGAUGGAGAUCACCCCUUCCCCUCACCUCUUGAGGCUGAUAGAUUCGUCCGAUCUAGUACUGCUGAACCCCAUUCCUGGCACGAGAUCGACCCACGCGCCCUAACGCGCUCGGCUUCGUCGAUGCAGAUGCGAGAUCUGUCGGUCAAAAUGAAGGACCUCAAGGGCAAGAUUUCGACACUGAGGGACCGAGCAAAGGAAGAUAAUAUGAAGAGGCGUAGCGUGCAGAGCCUCCGUACCCCUAGCCCCUUCACGGCCGCCGAACAGUGGUACACGACGUCAACAGACUAUAAGGAUGGUCAUCUGAGUGCUGAUGCUGUUGUGAUGCAGGCACCGUGGGAUGGGGAACCCAAGGAGCAGGAAAUCCAGCAGAAGCAGGUUAAUAAUAUGCUUGAUCACGUUACUGAGGACGCGGCGGAAGAUGUGGAGGAUUGCCAGUCGGAAACGACGAGUAUUUACCAAGACUUUGAGGAGGCUGAGGAACACCAAGACCAAGAGGAAUAUGGGAAUGUUGUUGGCUCUUUUGGAGGGGAGGAACAGGUUAAUGGAGAUGAGGUUUACGAAGAGCCCGCCGAAUUGGAAGAUGACCUCGCAGAAAAUAACCACCAGCAAAACGGUCUUCAGGAAGACGGGCAAGAUGACCUCCAGGAGCAUGUUGAGGACAGGGAGCUCGAUGAAGAGCAACCUAUCAACGAUGAAUACGAGGACGAAUCCGUCGACGGCGAGGAAUACGACGACGCCUCCAGCGACGUCGCCUCCCUCUACCACGACACCUCCCAAGUCCCCCUCUCCCACGAAGACCGCGAAGACGCCUUCGACUAUGAGCAUUUCUUCCUCCACAGCGCCAUGGGCACCAUGUCUCAACAAAAAUACAACCGACGCGGCAGCACCGACAGCUACGGCUCCGAUGACUCCGUCGCAACCGCGCGCGGCCUCGAUACUCCUGCUACCGGGACUUACAAAGACCAGCUGAAACCCGCGGUCGUAGGACACAAGAGGCAUAAGAGCAUCGAUACCGUGAGCACGAUGGCUACAUUCGCGACUGCGAAAUCGAGACACACGGAGGCAGAUCUGCAGAACGAAUACUUCAAUUUCGCGGUCCAGGAUGUGAGGUGGUCGCAGCAGAUCCACGGGGGUGACACGUCGAAGGCUUUGCCUACCACACCUGACGACGAGGCAGGAGAGGCGGGACAGGAAUCCCGUCGCAGCUCAGUCAUCAGAGCAGGCGUCAUACAACCGGUCGCGCAACACCGCCCCUCAAUCUCCUCCUUCAGCUCCUCCUCUAGCGCCACGCGCUCCUUCCCCUUGAUCAACAGGCCUAAGAACACGAGCGGUACCUCGACGCCCUCUAGCUACCCGUCUCCUCUCGCGUCUAAUCCAGGCGAGCUCUUAGGGAUGGCGCUCACGACUGGGAUGAUGAAUGGGACCGAUGAGCGGGCUGCGCAGCCAUCCCCGGUAUCGAUGUUACACCGCGAUGACCAGAUUUUGGUGGAGCGGCUGGUGGCGAGUGUGGGGAAGUGUGUGGUGGGGUUGCAGGAGACGAGGCGGACGAGCGCGGAGAAUAGGGUGUGGAGGAAACGGUUGGAGAUUGCGUAUCGGAUAUUAGAGGGGGAUGAGAGUAUGCUGAAGUGAGUGGGGCAGUGGAACCUAAUGACUGGCCGCAAGAAAAUACGCGAAUAAUGGGUGAGGGGGGAGGCAUAUAUCAUGAUGCUGGAUCGUUGCUGGCGGCGAUAAUAUUUAAUGGGGGGGCGAACUGGGGGAUCUAUUGCUGUUGUAACUAUAGACAGAGACACACAUUUACAAGAUGGGGAGGGCAGCGAGGUGUAUGGGUUUGCUUGCAUAUACCCGGCUAUACUUUAUGAACACAUACUUCGGCUAGGAGAUUACUAGAUCUAGGAAUUCAAAUCUUUGCUUUAUAUAUAUUAUGGUUGGCAUGAUGGUGUAUGGGGAAAGG